AUGUCAAUUGGCGAGAAACCCCAGGCUUGGAAGACGCAAGACGUUGAGCGCGAUGAUUCGUGGAUCUUGCGUCUGACCCCCGAGCAAAUUGAAGGCUUCAACACAGCACUUGCCUAUGCCAAGGAGCACCCCAAGCCUCUUCUUGAGAUGACCCAAGCCGACUAUCCACUUCCCGAGGUCUCCAAGAAGGCACUUGAGGCAGCCAUUGGCACCACCCAAGGCCGCUGGGGCAUGUGCCUCGUCAAGGGCUUCCCAGUCAAUGACUGGACUGAGGCCGAAAUGCGCGUCGCUUACUGGGGAAUGGGACUCUACAUGGGCGUCGGUCGGACCCAGAACCGCGCCAGCGAAGUGAUCAACGACGUUCGCGAUGCCGGCGGCAGCUACAAGGUCAAGGGCGGCCGUGGAUACAACACCAACGCCGGUCUCGACUUCCACCAGGACUCUGCCGACGUUGUUGCCCUGUUGUGCCGUCGCACUGCCAAGGAGGGCGGUACAUCCAAGGUGAUGAGCAGCAUUGCCUUGCACGAUAAGGUUGCCGAAGCGCGUCCUGACCUGCUGCCCGUUCUUGAGGCCAACAACUGGUUCCACAGCUUCCAGAAUGCCCAGGAUGCCACCCAGCCUCCUUACUAUCGCUGCCCGCUCAUGGGGAAGAGCGGUGCUUACUUCUGUGCCCGCACAAACCGCAAGAACACUGUUGCCGCGCAGCGGGAUUUCCCCGAGGUGCCGCGCCUUACGCCCCAGCAGGAAGAGGCACUUGAUUUCUUGGAUACUAUCAUGCCUUCCGAUGAGUUCUGCUACACUAUGGAGCUUGAGCGUGGUGAUAUGCAGCUUCUGAACAGCUUUGUUACGCUACACUCGCGCACACCGUUUGAGGACUAUGAUCUUCCGGAUGAGAAGCGUCAUCUCAUGCGUCUCUGGCUCUCUAUUCCUUCUUCUCAGCCACUACCCGCUGAGUUUGCCGAGUACUGGGGUGAUUCUAGGGCGGGCGCUGUCCGUGGUGGUGUCCGAGGGAGUGCCAUAACUGACGACUUCUUGAGAUAUGAGAAGCGUCAAGCCGAGGCUAUGGGCAUGCCUUGCAGGGGCUUCAGUCCGAUUGUGACGAAGGAAGAGAUGAGCAAGAUCGUGGGUAUGGCUUGA